CUCUAAUCAUUCUUAAAAUUAAUAACGUGACAUACUGUAAAAACGCCUUAAUAGCCAUUAUAUAUUGGAUCUCUAUUUUAAUCUUUAUUCAUUUAUUAUCUUUGAGUAUCAUUUUGGAUUAAUAACAAACGCGAAUGAAGCGAGAGAUGAACCAAAUGCAAUUAUUAGGAUUGUCUAUUUGAAACAACCUGCAGAAAUCAUUUAUGUCCAACUAUGGCAGAGGAGACGGAAGGAGAAAGAAAAGUUGAAAUGCGAAAUAAAAAAUCUCCAUCGUUCAAAGCUAUAAGAGGAAGCUUGAAUUGGCUUUAUAACAUUGAAGAUUUUAACUUGAAUAAAAUUGGAGAAGGAUUCUUUUCUAUUGUCUACAAGGCUGUAAAUCAAGAAACAUCGGAAAGCUUGGUUCUAAAGCGUUUAAAGAUGAAAGAAGAGAAUCCUAAACGAUUCGCCCUGCAUUACAGAACAGCCUUGAAUGAAAUUGAACUAUUACGAAAACUUUCUCAUCAAAAUGUCAUCAAAUUGAAAGGAGUUUGUACAGAGAAUGGCCAUCUUCAUCCUCUCACGGAACUUAUGGAUGGAGGCUGCCUUGAGUCGGUCAUUUUGGAUGACAAUAGAAGUCUUGCCUGGAGCACUAGACUACAUUUGGCUUUAGACAUUGCCAGGGGUAUGAAAUAUGUGCAUAGCAAGGGAUACAUACAUAGAGAUUUAACAGCCAGUAACAUUUUAUUAAGAAUGACUAAGAGCAGAGAAAAACUACAGGCAGCAGUUGCUGACUUUGGUCUAGCAACUAGAAUCCCAAAGAGAGGUUUUCGUUUACCUACUGUUGGUUCACCGUUCUACAUGUCUCCAGAAUGCUUGAACUCUAAAUUUUACGAUGAACGAACAGACGUUUUCUCUUUUGGUAUUAUUCUGAUACAGUUGAUUCUAAGGUGCGAUUCGGAUCCCGAAAGGAUUGCAAGAACAAAUGCUUACGGUCUUGACUAUAUCGAAGUUGGAAAGAAAGUCAAAGGGACAAAAUGUCCCUUGGCAUUGUUAGCCGAUGCAUUUUACUGUUGUCAGGUUGAUCCCAAGGAAAGACCUAAUUUUUCGAAACUAUCACUUGAUUUGGGAAGAUUAUUAAAUUCUCCCAAUUAUCAGGAAAUAGUUGCAGAUCAAGAGUCUUUAUCCGAAAAUGUUCGGUCAACAUAUUUGAAAAAGAUUGCUGAUAGUAUUAAAAGUAAAAACAACGUAGGCCAAAAGUUACCAGGUGGUCAUCUAGUUUCGUUGACCGCUUCCGUUAUUGGUGAUCUAAUGUCUGAAUUAGAUACUGAAUAUGCUCCUACUAUAUUAGAUAGAAGUAUAUUUGAAUUAAAAUUCCAACGAAGACAAAAAUUUCUACCUGGAAGUACGUCAAGUGAUGAGUUCCUGUGGAGAAGUAUGGACGAUUUAGAAAGUUCUUUAAGCUCUCUUUCGGAUAAUGAGGCUGUAUUCCAAUGGAAUAAUUCGGCAAUCAGAAAACAAAAAGACGAAGAAGUCUUAUCCGAAGGUAGUGACGAUGAUGACUCAGGAAUAGCUGUUGGAUUCUUGAAUGGAAUGAUAUAUCCAACGCAUAAAAACAAAGUAACAGAUAGACCUGACGGAGAAUUUAUUACUCCAAAUACAGUUUGGACACUUGCAAAACAAUGUGAGGAACGGGAUAGGGAAGCUCCAAGCUCUUUAAUAAGACAGAAGAGAAGGAGUUCAUCAGAAUACUAGAAACAGUUGAUUUAUUCUAACAGUGAGAAUAUUUAAAACUUGAUUGUUAUUCGUGUUUUAGUAACGAAACUUUUAAUAAAAUAUUACUAUAUUUGUACUAUAUGUUCUAGUUCUAGUGAGAUAUCUUCUUAUAAAAAA